UCUGAACUUUGUGAAUAUAAUGGAAAAAUAGAAAGAAAUUCUUAAACUAUAUCAUGACAAUAAUGAUAAGUAAAUAGAAGAAAUGCUUAAGUCUGAUCUAAACAUACCGAUACAUAAAUUUCAAACUCAAAAGUAAUUUACAGGUAAUUGGUAUAUAGUGAUAAGAAAAUUAAAAGUUCUACAUUUGGCAUGUCUCCAUAACAAUAAAAAACUAACUGAGCUUACAUUGACAUAUUGUAGGAAUUCUAACUUAAUAAAUUAAACACAAAUGAUGGAAUUCAUUAAUAUAUAGAAUAAGGAUGGAUUUACCCCUUUGCAUAUGGCAUCCUUUAAAGGAAAUCUAGUAUUAAUAUAAUGAGAAUAUCUAUAGGAAAUCAUCAAAUUAUUGCUAUAAAUUGGGGCUAAUGUAAAUAUUUAGACGAAUACCGGAUUAUCCGUUCUACAUAUGUCUGUUUAGGGUGAUCAUAUCAAAACUAGUGUAAUAAAUAUAAAUAUUUUAGUUAUUCUGGAUUAAUCAAAAUAUUCCUAUUGAUAUCUUAGAUUAUAAUCAUUAAACCCCUUUGAUUUGUGCUUCAUUUUUAGGUUGUUAAUAAAUGGUAAACUUUUUAAUUCCUUGGGGUGCUAAAUUAAAUGCUCAGACUAAGGAUAAAGGCCAUACUGCUUUACAUGUUGCAACAUAAUAAGGACAUUCUAGGAUUGUGAGAAAAUUGCUAAUCAAAGGCAUAGAUAGGAAAAUAAAAGAUAAACGUGGAAAAACUGCACUUGAUUUAGCUAUAGAAUCUAAAUUUUCAUCUAUUCAAACUAUGAUUGUAAAUGAUUCUACUAUAAUUUUAGGAAAAUAAAAUGGGUUUGGCUGAAAGAUGUGGUUUGAGAUAACCAGAUUCAAAAGUUGAAAAAAAUUACAAAUCCAUGAUAGUUUAUUUAUCAUUAUAUUGCAGUUCAGUUUUUUUGACACUUUUAUUCACUUUGCCAAGUAUAAAACAUCUAUUAUUAAAUAAAGAAAUUUAAUCUUUUUAGGUUUUGUACAUAACAUCAUUUAGUAUAACUCUUCUUUUGACUUGGAUUCUUAUUAAAACAAAUCCAGGAUUUGUACCCAGUUCAAACAAAACUUUAAUGGUAGGGUGAUUUAACAUUUAUAAGGAUCUAUUAGACGCUUGUUCAGUUGACUAAAUUUGCCCAGAUUGUUAGGAUGUGAAACCAUCAAGAUCAAGACAUUGUGAGAUAUGUUAAAAGUGUGUUUUUAAAUAUGAUCAUCAUUGUCCUUGGCUUUCUACUUGUGUGGGACAAAAUAAUCAAUAUUUCUUUAUAGCAUUUCUAUUUACUUUAAUAUUAAGCAUCAUUUUGCAAAUAGUAGUAGAAUGCUCAAGUAAAAAUAAAGUAAAGUUUACUAGUUUUAAAUUUGAAAGAUGAGUAGGGAGAAGUUGAAUCAAAUAAUGUCUUUUAAUGGAUAACAUUUUAUUAUACUAUGAUAUUUGGUUGCUUAUUUAUUUUACCUGUGAUGUAUAUAUUAUUUGAUUUAGGUUAUUAUUUACAGUUUAAAUCUAUAAUCUAAUAAAAGGACAAACAACUUAUGAAAGAUAUAUUGAAAGAUAAGGAAUAAACAGAAUUUAAUCUAGAAAAGCUAGUGCAGAAUAGCAAUUAGUAUAAUAAAAGAGUGCUUCUAGUACAGAUUCAAGUGAGAGUGAAUUUAAAUUCACAAUAAAAACUUAAAAGAAGCCUUUGUUAAAAGAAACUGAAUUAAUUGUUUGA